AAGAACCCGAAUUUUCAAAAUGCUCGAGCUCGACAAGGACAAAAAAGUGUUGAUCGGAUGCUUGGCAAGCUCAUUUAUAUUCUAUCAUACCGCCCGUCAAAUCUAUUCCUACGUGAGUGCGAAAUCUCGGGAAUGGGUCCCGAUUGGAAUUGUCAAAGGUCUUCACAUUUAUCCGAUCAAAUCUUGCAAGCCGGUUGAUGUUUUCGCAUUCAAAUGCACAAAACUUGGACCCAUGAUGGAGGAGCUGGAAGAUCGUGUAUUUGUGCUAGUUGAGGAGAGCACUGGAAAAUUCAUCACCGCCCGCCAGAAGCCAAAAUUGGUCAAUGUGGAAAGCUACAUGACCGAUGGAAUUCUGGAAAUUUCAGUGCCAGGACAUCCUAAAUUGUCGGUUGAUUUGAAGAAAGUUGUAGAAAAUGGACGAACCAUUCGAGCCACACUUUUCGACAAUUUGCAACAGGAUGGCUAUGACUGUGGAGAUGAAGUUGCUAAGUUGUUGUCUGAUUAUAUUGAAGAGCCAAAUUAUCGACUGCUUUUCUCGAAAGAAGGACUUUACACCGAAAGAACGUGUAUUCCCGAUGAUCAAUGGUGGAAUACUCCAGUGCCAAAGAGAAAGGACAACUCUGGCUUCACCGACUUGGCACCAUUUCUCAUCGCUACUGAAGCUUCACUAAAAGCUGUCAAUGAGAAAUUGGAUAAGAAAGUGACGAUGCGCAACUUCCGUCCAUCAAUCUACAUCGAAGGUUGCGCCGCGUGGGACGAGGACAAAUGGGCCGAAAUUCGCAUCGGAGAAGCGCAUCUCGAAUGCUUUGCACCGUGUACUCGCUGCGUCCUGACUACGGUUGACCCCGAAAAAGGAGAAAUGAGCAAGGAGAUGCAGCCACUGAAAAAGCUGAGAGAGUUCCGGUUGGCUCCGGAGGGAAAAAUGAGUAAGGCUCAUAAGGAUAGCCCAGUGUUCGGUGUGUAUGCAGGAACCGUCAACGAGGCGUAUAUCCAUAUUGGACAAACCGCCUAUGUCAAAUAUAAGCCAACUGUUUUUUGAUGCAAAUAUUUUUUGAUAUUUUUUUUUAAUUUUUAAUCCUGAAAUUAUCAUGUACAAAAACUGAUAUAUUAUAAAUAAUAUUUGAAAUC